AGGAAUUUAACCCCACACUCCUCUCAUAACAAAAACAAAAGUAAACGCGCAUCAUCAUUUCUUGUAUUCUAUCAAAAAUCUUUGUUUGAUCCUUCAAUUUAGAUCGUGCGGUGAAUUUUAUUUUCCCUUCUUAAAUUGCAGAAAGUUAUUUAUAUUAUGUUCUAAAGUCUUAACCGUGUGAUACUCUACGUGAAUCAAUUCAGAUUCUGGUUCUGGAUUGUUUUCACUUUGCAACCAUACAAAUUUCUCUCUUUUUCUCUCUCUCUCAUUCUCUCACUGUUUUUCUAUCUUCUAGAUUGGGUUAAACCUUUAAAGCAACUUUUAGUUUCAUAUUCAUUCUGUUUCCCCUGUUUUUUUCUCUGUUUCGAACCCAUGUUUUGUUUCCUCCAAAAUUUUGUUUUUUGGAGGAAUUCAAGAGUUGGGUUGUGAUUUUAUUACAAAUGGGUCAAAUGAGUUUCUUCCAAGUUCCUAGAUUUUCUUGAAUUUUCUGUUGAAUUUUUCUUCUUCUUUGUUGUUGAUGGAAACUGUGUCCAACAAGGAUACUAAUGGUUGUGUAAACAAGCCUGUGGUGGUUGUGGCUUCUUUAGAUUGUAGAAAAGUUGAAGAUCAUGUAAAUCGAAAUAAUUAUAGUGAUUCCAAUUAUUUGUUGCCACUCCCCAAAAGUGGAGGAAUAUCAAGAAACUUGGAUAAGUCAUGUAGGAGAGUGCAGUGGAAUGAUGCAAUUGGAAACAAGCUUGUUGAGGUUUUGGAAUAUGAACUAAGUGAUGAUAGUGACUCGGAGGACGAUGAUUCUUGUAUGUGCUCAAUAAUGUAAAUAUAAUGGUUUUGGACUAACUCCCCAAUAGCUGAGAUAACUCCAUGUGUUUGCCAUUAUUUGGAUGUAGUUCAUCCAACCGGGUUUUUUGACACAAUUUCUUAAGGUGGAGGACUCCUGCAAGAUCUUUAUGCAGAUCGAACAAAACACAUGAUAUCCAUCAAAUUUGAUUUGGACAGUGCUGAUAGGAGCAAACUUCCAUGUAUUAAAACUAAAAGAGCAUUUUCAUGCUUCUCUAAGUAUUAAACAUUCAAUUGCUUUGUUUAUGUUGCAAAUGAAAGAUUUACCUGUCUUUUUUCCUUUUAUUUUCCUAGUUACUCAAUAUGCAGAAUUAGCUUGCGUCUGUUCUAUUCCUAGAGUUUGUAUACAGUUAGUUAUAUUUUCCAUAUAUCAACAACCUAUGUUGCAUA